GCCUGAGCCGCAGCCCCACCUGCCCGUACUCAAGAUGGCGGUCGCGGAGGGCGUGGCCAGCAACUCGGAGGUUCCGAAAUGGUGAGGAAUCAUGGCGGCGACCAAGGAGCGGAUCCCGGAGGACAGAGAAGAAGAAGAAGAAGAAGAAGAAGAAGCAGAGCAGUUGGUUCUGGUGGAGUUGUCGGGCAUUAUUGAUUCAGAGUUUCUAUCAAAAUGUGAAAAUAAAUGCAAGAUUUUGGGAAUUGACACUGAGAGGCCCAUUCUGCAAGUGGACAGCUAUGUCUUUGCUGGAGAGUAUGAAGACACUCUUGGGACCUGUGUUAUAUUUGAAGAAAAUGUUGAGCAAGGUGAUACAGAAGGCAGUGAUAAAACAGUGCUGAAAUAUAAAUGCCAUACAAUGAAGAAACUCAGCAUGACAAGAACUCUUUUGACAGAAAAGAAGGAAGGAGAAGAAAACAUAGGUGGUGUGGAAUGGCUGCAAAUCAAGGACAAUGAGUUCUCCUAUAGACCCAACAUGAUUUGUAGCUUUCUGCAUGAAAAUGAAGAUGACGAUGUAACUCCAGCCUCAGAUAAAUCUUUGGAGUUGGAAGACCAAGAGAUUCCAACGAAAAAUAAUUCAAACCUGAGUUAUGAACAAGAGAAAUCACUGAACUUGGAAGUAGAGAAUUCUGGUCCUCUAAUUGAUAUCCCUUCUUCUGAGACAGAAGGUUAUGUUUUUAUGGAAACUCAAGAUACUGUCUAGGAAAUCACUCCUAGAUGAAAUGUUUCUCAUUAUAACUAAUAAUGAACUUUUUGGAGUUUUUAUAUAAAAUAAUUGUGUAGCUUUCAGUUCACUAUAUUACUGGUUUUGUUGGCUAUAUGUGCAUUUCUGAUUAUAGCACAGUUUCAUAGACCAGAGUUGUUAAGGACCAGAUAUGAAUUGAAUUUUUAAAAAUCCAGUAUAAAUGACUAUAGGGACCCUUCUUUAAAUUUCUUUAAAUUGGAAGUUUUAUUAAGGUAAGUAUAUAAGUUUUUUUAUUGCAUCCGUCACAAAUUACUACAAACUUAGUGGCUUAAAAUGACACAAAUGUAUUAUUAUAUAGUUUUGUAAAUCAGCUAUCUGACAUGAGCUGGGCUAAAAUCAAGAUGUUGGCAGGACUUCAUUCCUUUUUCAAGGUUGAGGGGUAGGGGAGGCUGUUUCCUUGUUCAUUUAGUUGUUGGAAGAUUUCAACUCUUUGCCAUUGAUGGAUCAGCAUCCCAUUUUCUUUCUGUCAUCUGAGGGCCAUUUCCAGCUUCUAGAGGCUGCCUGCAUUCUUUGGCUUAGGGUCCUCUUCUCUUCAAAGCUGGUAAAUCUCUUGCUUCUUUUGCUUCAUCCUAUCUCUGACCCACCUUGCUAAUUACCUGACCCAGUACCUGUUCUUUCCCUAAUUCUAAUCUGAGAAUUAUUCGUGUGUAUCCAUAUAUGUUAUCCAUAGCGUAUCCAUAUAUGUGUAAAUAUGUGGCCGUAUGACUAAGUUCUGGCCAGUGAUACGGAAUUAUAAGUGUUGAGUGAUGGAUGCUUCUGGAAAGUUUCCUUAAACUUUAAGGCAUAAAGAGAGAUGGGCCAGUUCAACUUCUCUUUUUUUUUUCUACUGGAACAUGGUGGCUAGAGCUUCAGCAGGCUCUUUGGACUGUAAAGAAACUUCGGAAAUAGAAGCCAUGAGUGGCAGAGCGACAAGAUAGAAGGUUGGAUCCUGAUGUGAUGCUGCCCUGGACUGCUAGGAGUAAAGAUUAAUAACUCUUUUCUUUUUUCCCCAUGGUGAAAUGGCUUCAAGUUUACCUUUGGCAUUGUUUCUCUGGAAAUCUAGACAAGGUAAUAAUUGAAUGUCAACUGUGAUGUGAGGCAGUGUUGUUUGUGAUUAAAAAUGACUCUUUAUUGGGGUGCCUGGGUGGCUUAGUUGGUUAAGUGUCUGACUCUUGAUCUCAGCUCAGGUCUUGAUCUCAGGGUCAUGAGUUCAAGCCCUGUGUUGGGCUCCACACUGGGCAUGGAGCCUGCUAAAAAAAAAAAAAAAGACCCCUUAUGGGUAAAUUGUGUCUAGACCUGAAAGACUACGACAGCUAUAAAUGCCCAUUGGAAAAUACAGACUUUGUUUGUUUGUAUUUUUAAGUAGGCUCCAUGCCCAUCGUGGGGAUUGAACUCAUGACCCUGAGAUCAGGAGUUGCAUGGUCUGCUGACUGAGCCAGCCAGGUGCCCCAAGCACUAUGUUUCUUAUUACAAAGAUUCCUGAAAGCAGCACUCAUGGCUGUUUCAAGAGAUGUUAGUUCUUGGGAAGCUGAAGUAUCUAAGCCAGCAUGGCUUCUGCAUGCACUCAAACGAUCUUGUCUCCUUACACCUGAGCUGACACUUGGGGGCCAGAGUAGAGCCUCCUGUUGAAACAAGGGUUGUGCUGCUGUGCUGUUUCCUAUGAAGUUUAGUGAGUCUGGUGCUGGGUUCAUUCCCAUAAGGCCUGUUGGGUCCUGUGAGUGUGAAUGUCCUUCCAAACCUGUGACGACUUCUAUUCGGGCAGAGAAGACACUGCAGCUACCUACCUCCGGCCUUUACGUGCGAGAAAUAACUUGUCUCUUGUCAGAGUCACUCUGUAAUAGCCACACUUAAUCCUAUUACUACCUUACCCAUUUUGAAAAGUAGAGAAAAGUACAAGGAAGUAGAACGCAAGAUUCUUGAGAUGUGUAAUCUUGCUAAAGAAACUGAUCUAGACUGAUGUAGUUCUAACUUGAAGAGGAUAAUGAAGUCUUACAUUCUGGAGAGAAGAUAAUGUGUUUUAGUUCUUUACCUGUAAGUGAGAAUAAAUGUUUGGAAUUUAGUAAAAUAAAUCUUAUUUUUCAACUAUGAAA